GCUAUGCCCCAAGAAGGCACGGCGGUGCUCUCAUUAUCAAUCCGACGCGACAAGCUGUGCCGCAUGUCGACAUGUUUGAGGCAGCAAGCAGCGAUCAGCAGAAGCCUUUCGAGUAGCGACCUUGCCUUGUCUCCAGUCUUCGCGCACGCCCUUGAAUGGCGUCAACUCUGAAAUGCGGGGUGUGCUUUAAAGACAUUUCAACCGCGGAUGAUGAGUAUCGGGAGGUACAGUGCACGUUCCCGCGCUGCCCCGGAGAAUACUGCCACGAGGAGUGCUGGACAGGCUACCUGAAGAAGGCCUGUAACCUGAGGCGGCUGCAGGACGGGGUGCAGAAGAACGGCAACGGGCUGAACUGCUAUGCCACGCUGGACAACGGCAAGACCUGCCCCGGCUCCAUCAUCAAGAGCCAGGUGCGCGCACCGGCCCGGCUCAAGGAGAAGCGCAAGAACGCGGCGGUGGCUGCGCUCAAUGGCGCAGCAGCGGCAGCAGCAGCAGCAGCAGGCGCAGGAGGCGGCAAGGGAGCCAACAGGGGCGGCGCGGGCGCGGGCGCGGCCCCGCAGGGCCAGGCGCUGCAGCAGCAGCCGGCGCGGCCGCGGCCGGGGCCGGUUGCCGUGUCGUCUGUGGCGGUGAUUAGGCGACCGGUGGUGUUGGCGCCGGCGGCGCCGCCGGUGCGGCCGGGUGCGGCGAUUGCGGCACGGCUGGGGCUGGGCGGCGGCGAGGCGCCGGCGGCCAUUCCUGGCUGGGAGGACGAUGAAAAGGCGGCCGCGGCGGCGCAGGCAGCCAAAGCACCUCGCAACGGCGCUGCGGGCGCCAAGGCCGGUCUUCAGGGCGCCACAGCCAAAGUCCUGAAUGGCGCUGGCCGCGGCGGCGGUGGCCGCGAUGGUGUUGAUGCCGCCUGGCUGGGCGGCCUCGACGAGGCCGAGUAUGCUGCCGCCGCAGCCGCGGCCGCGUAUUAUGACAACGGAGGCGACGACGUCGACGACGGCGACGGCGACGGCGACGGCGAGUGGUGCGUGGCAGUACGCAAGCAAAACCGCCGCGGCGGCGUCGCCAUUCCGGUUCAGCCGCCAACAAGGCGGCCGCCGCCGCCGCCGCAGCGGCGGCCGCAGGCAGCGGCAGCAGCCGUCCCGGCAGUUGCGGGCGCGCGUGGCGGCGGCGGCGGCGGCGGUGGUGGUGGUGGUGGGGACCAGGAGGCGGACGGGGGCGAUGGCGGCGUUGGCGAGGACGAGGACGAGGACGAUGAGGAGCUGGAUGCCAUGGUGCUGGAGGCGGUGGGCGGCGACAUCAGCGGACUGCCGGCGGCGGAGCUGAGGGCGCUGCGGCGCGCGCUGGCCGAGUCCCGGCGCGAGGCGGAGGCGGAGGCCGCCGCACUGGACCUGCCGCCCUCGCCCUCCUCCUGGUUCCGCGGCCCGCCGUCUGCCGCAGCCGCGUCAGUGAACGGCGCCGGCACCGCCUUCAGCGCCGGCCGGCACCGCCCGGAGGAGGAAGGCGCGGCGGCGGCCGCGGCAGCGGCGGCCAGGGACGGCGGCGCGAACCUGAUGCUGGAGGAGCGCAACGCGCUGAACCCCAUCGUGCAGGUGGACCCGGUGUGCCUGUCGGCGGCGGACGCCGCUGGCGAGGGCGAGUACCUGGUGUCUGACCCGGCGGACCGCACCCGCCUGGUGACGGCCGUGUCGGUGUACGGUACUGGGUUUGAGGUGGUGACCAUGGAGUGCGCCGACGGCACGCACGUGACCGGCGUCGCCAUCCGGAUGUCGAUGUUGGUGGCGCAGCAGGCGGCGGCGCUGCGAGAGGCCGAGGUGCAGCGGCGGGAGGACAUGCGCGCGCAGGCGCAGGCGGCCGCGGCGGCGGCCCGGGCCCGCCACGCGCGGGAGGAGGCGGAGGCAGCUAAGGCGCAGGCGGCCGCAGCCCCCGUCCCCGCCGCCGCCCAGCCCUCCACCGCGCACGGCGCGGCGCCAGCCGCAGCUGUGUCGCCUGUGACGGCCACAGCCGCCCAACUGCAGCAGCCGCCGCCGGCGGCCGCGGCGCCGGUACGCAGUCCCAUGCCGCUGCCCCAGGCGGCGGCACCACCUGGCCCUGCGCAGCACCUGGCGCCGGCGGCACUGGCGGCGCUACAGCCGCCACCGGCGCCGUCUAAGUGGGGGCCGUCCAAGUGGGGGCCCCCCGCGACAGCCGCGCCGUCCGCUCCGCCACCACCAGUGCCUGCUGCUGCUCCCGUGCCUACGACUCAGGCGACAGCGCCACCACCUCAGCCGCUACAGCCGCUACAGCCGCUACAGCCGCUGCAGCAACCCGCGUACCAGCAGGCGCCUCAGACCCGCCCGGCGCAGCCAGUGGCGGCGCAGCAGCCAGCAGUGGCGGCACCGCCAGCCCCGCCCGCAGCCCAGCAUGGUCCCGGAUCGCUACCGCCCGCGGCGGCCGCUGUCUUCCUCCCUAGCGCCAACCCACCGCCGCUGCCAGCAACAGGACCUCUGGUGACGGCGGCAGUAGCAGCCCCGACUCCGCCCAUCGCGACGCCUGCAUCGGGCCAGGGGCCGCAGCCACCGCCGCCGUACGUGCAGCGGCUGGCGCAGCAGCCCGCACAGCUGCAGCUGCGCCCCACUCAGCCCCCAGCAGCCGUGCCUGCCACCGCGCCGGCUGUAAAUCCCUACAACACGGCGGCGCACGCGGCGCCACCCCCGGUCAACCCCUACGCAGCGCUGCCCCCAGUCAACCCGUUUGCGCCUGCUGCACCUCCUCCUGCGCCCGCUGCUCCUGCGCCUGCCCCUGGUACUGCCGGCGUGCCUGCCGGGCCGCUGCCGCCGCCUGCGUACCUUCACCCGCAGCCGCUGCAGCCGCCAGCGCAGCCCGCGCUCACGGCUGCGGCCGCUGUCAACCCCUACCUGCAGCAGCAGCAGCAGCAGCAGCAGCAGCCCCUGCAGCCGGGGGCGGUGCAGCCUGUGGUAGCGCAGCCGGCCGUGGCAGCGCUACCUCUGGGCGUCAACCCCUAUGCCCCGCACGCGCAGGUGCAGCUGCAGCCGGCGGUGCAGGUGCAGACACAGCAGCAGCCGCAGCAGCACGUGCCUGCAGCGCCGGUCAAUCCGUACAACCCGUACAAUCCGUUCGGCGGGCAGCAGGGCGCGUCUGCGGCCGUGCAGCACCCGUACCAUGGCGGCGCGGGGGCGGCGGCUGGCGGCGCACUGCACGCGCAGCAGCAGCAGCAGCAGGGCACCGCGGGGCCGUCCGUGGCGGCGGCGGCGGCAGGGGCGGGUCCGCCCGCGGCAGCGGAAUCGGAUCUCAAACGACUGAUGGCGCGGUUAGGCUUCGUGGGCUGAGGUAUCUCCGCUGGAGUGGAUGGAAUGGAGCGAAGCGGAGGCGGCGGUGCGUUGGUUCCGGCGGAUCCGCGUGGAGCCGUGCUGCAUUGCAAUAGUGCUGUUCAGCGGCGGGUGCAGCCGCAUGCGAAUAGAGGUCGAUUCGCUAUGAAUGCAACUUUAAGAAGUAGGAUUGUCGUGUGCAUUCGACUGGAAACGCCGCUUGCUGGGAAGGGUCGUUGACGGCCUGCGCGCCGGCGUUUGGCUAUAGGGCUUUGCGGGACUGCUUCUGACGUGCAGUGUAUAUCCCUGUACCAGUGUGACCAGCUGGCCACCAGGACGCUGGACACCAGACUCGCAAUAGAGUAGCCUGCCUUGGCAGGAAUUAUCCGGAUCAUUGUUGUCAUGGAAGCUUCGGGGAGCGCAUUUCAUCAAGUGCCGAAUGUUACAGCUUCAGCUGAUGCCGGAAGUAUGCUGGCUGACGACCAGGCGAGGCUUUAGACAUCACUACCGGUGAUGCAACGCGGGUUCCCACUCACGGGUGCCCAUUCGCCAGAACCAAUGGACCGCCCUUGACUGCAGCCUUGUCCUCCUGCAGCCCCGUGUUGGGUGUAGACAACAGGAUCUCACCACAUCCGGGGCCGGACUGCCCGGACGGCGUGACCAGAGCGGGUCAUGGGGGCAUGCCACGCCCAGUGCACAGCCACAAACACCCUACCUGACCCUACCGCCCUCAGCCAUGCAUCCAGGAAUGCACGUCAUGCGCGCCACCUUGUAACCACACACAACAGAUGCAUCCAGGGGCCGGGAGGCCCCUGUCCGGGCGGCAGCAUGGCGCCAAUGCUCUGAGUACGUGCGGUCACACGUGGUGUCGGCAGCGACUCACUGCUGCCCGGCCGAGUGCUGCGCUGCUGCCCAGGGGAGGCAGCCUCCCCUGAUGCUGCCAGUCAGCCGUACCAUCCUGGGUUGCUGACAACCCACAACGCAUGUAAGUAGCUAGGGCA